ACACCACCAUUAUCAUCUGCCACAAACAACGUUGUACCCGCACCGACUUUAGAACCUACGGAUCCUCUUCUCCCUGAUGUACCCAACUUCGUACCCUCUGAUAAUCAUAAUCUUCUUGAUGAUAGUGAUAGUCAACCGCCAUCCUAUUCCAAAAAAGAUGAUUUACCUGAUUUUGAUGAAUUAGUAAGAAGGCUUGAAGCACUCAAAAGGAAAUAG